UAAUGAGUAAAUAUAUAUUAGUUUAUUAUUUUUUUAUAAAUGCAAAGCUCAAACUUAUAUUUUGUAUAUAAUUCUGGAUCUGAAUAAUUUUGGAAGAGAAAAGAUUAUUAGUUAAUAAAUGAUCUUAUGUAAGGAUUGCUUCAAGAUUCAAGAGAGAUGAUAACAUUAUAUAAAACAGGGAAAAUAUUAAAAAAGUUUAUCGGUAGACAAUAUAAAACCUUUUAACAACAUUUGUUUUAUUUUCGAGAAGUAAAAAUAUAAAAUUUAGUAGAAAGAAUGGAGAAUUGGGGGGUUUUGUUGUUUUAAAGAAUGUGUAUUUUAAAAUAACUAAAAAAAUUGCUACUUAAAAUAUUCCUUAUGACAGUUGUCUAAGUCUAAUUAGAGACCGCAGUAGAAUUGAUCUAUAUUUUAACCAUUCAGCUGAGAUUGAGUUAUUUUUGAGAGAACUAUAGAGAUGUUGUAUUAUUGAUGGGUUUGAAUAACAUUAUUAAUUGUUUCAAAACAUAGGUACUGGUUCUACAGCUCAAGUAUAACUUUUGAAAUUAAAUAAGGUGUUUUUGGCUGAAAAUAUUGAAGAUCAUUAAUAAUAUGCAGUAAAGUAGAUAGAAAAAGAAUAAGCUACAGGAAGACAUCGUGUAUUGAGAUCAAAAACAUUAUUAGAAGAAAUAUUUAUGAUGCGAAGUUUAGAUCAUCCAAACAUUAUGAAAUUACAUCAAGUAUAUGAAUCAGAAAGUAGAAUAUUUAGAUAUAUGGAUAGAACAUAUAUAAUUAGUUAUCAGUCUAUUUGAAGGAGGCUAAUUGAUGGAUAAAAUCAAGAAUUUUAAUUUUAUUACUAAAAGAGAGUUGGCUAAAGUAUUGAUUGAAACUGUUCAUUAUAUGCAUACCAAAGUAUUCGAUAUCCAAAAUUAGGGAAUUAUGCAUCGAGAUUUAAAACCAUUUAAUAUACUUUAUAAAAAUAAAGAUCCAUAAGAUUGGCAAUUUGGAAUUGGAGAUUUUGGAUUCUCAACUUCAAUUAAAUAAUAAUAACAUAUUCUUUAUAAAUGUGGUACUCCUGGUUAUGUAGCACCUGAAAUUAUAGAAUAUAGAGAGAAAUCUAAAAUGUAUGGAUUAUCUUGUGAUGUCUUUAGUAUUGGUGUCAUUUUAUAUGAAAUGUAAUAAUCAAAUUUUAUUUAAUAGCUUUUUCAAUAUUCAUCCAUUCAAAAGUAAAACUAAAGAUGAAACUUUAAGAUAAAAUGUAAAUGCUCAAAUCAAUUUUGAUGAUCGUAUUUGCAUUCCUUAAUCUCUCAAGUCUUUAAUUAUUUCUAUGGUUAGAAAAAAUCCACGACAUAGAUUCACUCUAUAAUAAUGUUUAGAUCAUGACUUUUUUAAAGAAAACCUAUCAAAAUUUAAUGAACUUUCAUAAGAAAUUUAAGAGUAUAAAUAUAAAAUAUAAUUUAAUUUUAUAGACAUGAACCAAAGACUAUGGAAAUUAGAAACAUUCGAUGUCAAACUCUUUAAUUUCUAAAAAUUCAAAAUAACAGAAGAAGAAGAUAGUCUUUACCUCAAGAUUUCUCUGUUACACAAGAACCCUAAAUUCAACAGAGUAAUAGUAAUAAUUAUUGCUUAAGGAAAAAGCAUAUUAAUAAAAUAAAGAUAAUCUAUGUCCUCCACUCAUGAGUCUAAAUUGAAGCUAGAAUCCUAACAACAAUUCUAAUUAUCCUAAUAAAAUUAAAUCUAAAUGCCAUAGAUAAAAAUUAUCUAAUUAGAUAAGAUUUUUGAAAUCUUUCUAAAUGAUUCACAUCAUAUCCCAAAUUCUUUUGGUUAAACAUAUUUAAUCAAAAGGCAAUAUUGA